GGAGCCCAGAGCAGGGCCGCCUCUCUUCUUUCCCGGGGCCUGGGCGGAGAGGGAGGAAAACUUCCUGGCUGGGACUCUGGCGGUUUUUGCCUGCCAGCUCUCCGAUCCCGCCUACCAGUAUUGGCUCUUCCCGACCCCUCCCCUGGCGCCCCCAGAGUCCGCCAUGGCCAAAGCCUACGACCACCUCUUCAAGUUACUGCUGAUCGGGGACUCGGGAGUGGGCAAGACCUGUCUGAUUAUUCGCUUUGCAGAGGACAACUUCAACAGCACUUACAUCUCCACCAUCGGAAUUGAUUUCAAGAUCCGAACUGUGGAAAUUGAGGGGAAGAGGAUCAAACUGCAAGUCUGGGACACAGCUGGCCAAGAACGAUUCAAGACAAUAACUACAGCGUAUUACCGUGGCGCCAUGGGUAUUAUCCUAGUAUAUGACAUCACAGAUGAAAAAUCAUUCGAGAAUAUUCAGAACUGGAUGAAAAGCAUCAAAGAGAACGCUUCUGCUGGUGUGGAGCGCCUUCUGCUGGGGAACAAGUGUGACAUGGAGGCCAAGAGGAAGGUGCAGAAGGAGCAGGCAGAUAAGUUGGCUCGAGAGCACGGAAUUCGAUUUUUUGAGACAAGUGCCAAAUCCAGUAUGAAUGUGGAUGAGGCUUUCAAUUCCCUGGCGCAUGACAUCUUGCUCAAGUCGGGAGGCCGGAGAUUGGGAAACAACAGCAAGCCCUCCAGCACUGACCUGAAACCAUCUGACAAGAAAAACACCAAGUGCUCCCUGGGCUGAAGGACAGUCCUUGCUUCCUCCCCACAGUGCUCCCUGGGCUGCAGGACAGUCCUUGCCUCCUUCUCACAGUGCUCCCUGGGCUGAGGGAUAGUCCUUGCCUCCUCCCCACAGUGCUCCCUGGGCUGAGGGACAGUCCUUGCCUCCUCCCCACAGUGCUCCCUGGGCUGAGGGACAGUCCUUGCCUCCUCCCCACAAUGCUCCCUGGGCUAAGGGACAGUCCUUGCCUCCUCCCCACAGUGCUCCCUGGGCUGAGGGACAGUCCUUGCCUUGUCCUCACACUAAACCUUAAGGCUAGACCUGAGAGAGGUGGGCUGUGGGGUUGGUUGCACAAGGGAGAAACCGGUGGGACCUAGAGGGGCAGAUGAACUGGUGAUCAGGAGAGGUGAUGAGGACAGGUGAUCAGGAGAAUGAGGAUGAAGAAAAGGAAGAAAAGUGCAGGAAAAAGGAGGGUGAAGGAAUGAGGAUAGGAAAGGUGAAAAGGGUCUGAGAAGAGGAAAGGAAGAAUAAUGGUCUCAGGUCCUGGACUGUCCUUGGGUUUAAAGUCAAACAUUAAUGUAAAUAUGUUGAUUUCUCCAUUGCUGGUUCAGGUUUAGGGCCCAAAGAGGCCAGCUCAGCACUGUUCUGGAGGUCGCUCUCUCAGGGUCUUUGUUAGUAUUAAAGGCCGCUGUUUUACACGGA